UUACGCUGCUUUUGCUUACAUAUUAACUGAAUAUUGUUUCCAAAUGUCAAUAGUUAACGGUUAUAUCGUUUAAAAAUUAUUUUUUAUUUUUAACUAAUUUUUUUCUCAUUUAUAGUAUGCAUUAAUGUGCAUAUAUAAUAAGCAAAGCUCAUAUUAAGUUCAUUUUUAAAUAAACAUUACACUCUAUUAACUAUGCAACAUUUUACAUGUUAAGUAAAUUUAUGAAACUUCAAUUGUUCGGAUGUAGACAUAUAGAUAUAAUAAAAUUUUAGCUAUUCAGCAGGCUUAAAUUGGAAUAUAUUUGCAGUGAUGAAUUCUCGACUUCGAACAAGGAAAAAUCAUGAACAUACAUUAGUGAAAAGCCCUACAAAAUCAUGUACAAAUAAUAAUGAAUGCAUUGGAUCACACAUAAGUCCCAAUAGUUCUACAAAAGCCGAUAACACUGAAUUCAUUGAAUUAACCAAGGUUAUCUGGACAGGAGUUGGGACAGUUGGUUCAGUAAUUACAAUAUGCAGCAUGUUAACUGCUAUACUGAUAUACACAGUAUAUCCAUGUUUACGAAAUUUCAGAUUUAAAAUACAUCUUCAUUUAUUCUUCGCAUUACUACUGGAAUCUAUUGCACAGCUUAUAUUGUCUUAUCUUUUAUUAAGUAAAGUUAACCAAAUAACUGUGAAUAAUGUUGAAAAUGAAACAAUAAAUCAACCAUUUUCAAGUCCAAAAGACAUCAUGUUCAGUACCAAUUCACAAGCAACAUAUAUAAUUAUACAGAAUACUAUGAUAAUUAUCUGGGAAUUAAGUCAAACUUGUGUUUUCACAUGGACAUUUAUCGAAGGUGUUCAUAUACACGAAUUAAUUGUCGUUUCAGUAUUUCAACCGUCAGUGAAUAUGUAUCCUUUGAUGAUUGCAGCAUGGGUUGUACCGAUUUUCACAACAGGACUGUGGCUAAGUGCAUGGUUACAUACAAAUAAAAUAAACGUAAGUUGGUCAUUUUAUACAUUUCAUUCAACUUACUGGAUUUUGGAUAGUUUCAGAUUAAUUUUACUAUCGACGAAUAUGGCUUUCCUUAUCAAUGUAAUCCGAGUUCUUGUUCGAAGGCUUCCGACAAAUUAUGCACCGGAAAUUUUGAAAUUAAAAAAAGCUGUAAAAGCUGCUAUCCUUUUAAUGCCAUUAUUAGGAAUUACUAAUUUUAUUGUACUUUUACCAGAACCAAAACAUCCUUUGGGAUUUUUUAUUGUUUCUGGAAUACGCCGAGUGCUGCCAACAUGGCAAGGAUUUAUUAUAUCUAUGAUAUAUUAUUUUAUGAACAAAGAUGUUCAGAAAUGCAUACACAUGUCAAUUCGAAGAUUCAAAUCAAAAUAUCAACUAGAACAUCAUUGUUUUACUUCAUCUUCUCUACCCAUAACAACUAUACCAACAACAAAUUCCACAUAAGCAAUAUUAAGAAAACCCUAUUUUAUCAAUGGAACUGAAUUCAGAUAAUAUUUAUACUUCAGAUAACGACUGAACACUGCAAAAGAGCAGUUUAAGAUACAAAAAUUAAGCAGAAAAACACCAAUGAAGACACAUUUACGAUUCGAAGGGAAUAUAAUUAAGAUAAACAAAUAAAAUGAUGUACAGAACACAACAUGGUUAACCUUUAACCGAAUAUUAUGACUUACAUUAAAAACAUUCAAACAAUGUUUUCUGAUUUAUGAUGGUUCUACAGAAGAUUUCGAUAGGCCGAAAUUUUCUCAAAAUCAAUACAAUAUUCAUACAGAAUAAACAUAAGACAACCACAAAAGAUUAUUUUCCAGAAGCGAUUUCUCGAAAUGUCAUGAAAAGCCGAGACCAGGAGAUUUGGUAAGGUGAGGCGUGAAAAAUCAAAUAAAACUGAGAAUCGAAUGAGAAUAGAGGAUUAAAGCGAAAUGACUGAAAUAGAUAACGUGUACCGUCAGAUUUUGACUUAGUGACCUAAUAAUAUUGUGUAUCACGAGAAAACUUAAGGGUCUGGUUUGAACCUUAUGUGUGAUUGGCAGAGUACAGAGCUAAGAUGCAUCAGACCAGAAUAGCGAUCCUACAAAAGAAACAUAUUCGGAACUCAAAGCAACUGUCAUUCAGGAAUAAAAUCGGAAUUUUCAACACUUAUGUCAAAAUAAUCCUGUCAUAAGGAGCUGAAACUUGGAUAACUGCUACUACUACUACUACCAGUAAUUAUAAACAUCUCUCUACCCAAGAUACUCCAGAUCCACUGACCAGAGACCACCAACAAUAACAUACUCUGCCAGAGAACAAGCCAGCUACCAGUUGAGGAAGAAAUCGGGAAAAGAUAGUGGAGGUGAAUAGGAUAUGCUGAGGAAGUCACUAAGCUCGAUCAAAAGGCAAGUCUUGAAUUGAAAUUCCCUAUGCUAAAGGAAGAGGCAUAUCAAAGAACACAUGGAUCCAAGAAUCGGAGGCAGGCAUCGAGAAUAUGGGGACAACUUGGCAACAACUGAGAAGGAGCACAAAACAGAGAUACUUGAAGCUCUCUGGUUAGCAUACUAUACCCCAAGAGAGGUAGUAAGUUUCAGUAACUAAGUAGGAAUGUUUGAAGUGUACUCAACGAUUUAAGUUAUCUGGUACAUUGGAGGAUUAUUAUUGAAUUUGGGUGCAGAGAUAUUUACACAGAUUUUAUGAGUUGACAAUACACAGAAAACGAUGAGUCAACUUGCAAUAGCUUCUUCCUGAGAACGAUUUGAAGGACAAGAUUUUUCGGAGCCGUAAACAGGUUUACGACUGACGUGGCGGCGAAACCGUUAUCAAUUAAAGACUCUUAUAAACCUCUUUUGAUGUUUACAAAUGCAAAAUAAAUGAUUAUUAUUACAAUAAAAAAUCGCCCCAAAAAAACUAAGAACGUCCUUUGAGAUCUGGUGCACUUUUUAAAUGGUUCAUUAACAAAACGGACGAAGAGAACCAUAAAAAAGUGAGAGUAGAAUGGACAAAACUACAUUAUAAGGAAGAUAUGACAAGUUUUCCGAAAUCUAGUAAAAAGCUGUAAAUCAACCAUUUGAAGUCAUCUAUUGCGAUCCGAAGUAUACGGAAGAUACUUUGUUGACUGAAAAUAAGAUCGAAACCGUAAAACUCACUGGACUCGAUUGUCGUCAUGUUACAAGUAUUGGAAACAUAACGCGAACAUCAACAUACGCGCUUUGACCUUACGCAAAAC